AUGGAUUCUUCAGAUUCAUAUACUGAGUUGUCUUCAGAAUUCCAUCAUAAUGAAACUAAAAAUACUCAAAAAGAGAAGAGAGAACUCUUCUUAUCGACCAAAUUAUCAUGGACAAAAUUAGAUGAUGAUUUUCCAACUCCACAAAUAGCAGUAGACCACACUUCUUCUGCUCUGCAACUUGUGGGCCACAAGGAGGAAAAUCUCUACAACAGGAUGGAUUCUGGCUUCUACUUAGCAGCAAACAAAACAUUACAAGAAAGCCAAGAUAAAACAGAAGCUCUUUCAACUCCUUUGAGCAUGGUACAAAUGACUGUGCAAAACUACAUGCGUUCCCUGCAUUACUUUUCACAAAUGCCCAUUCUCUCAAGAUGGAAUAAUGCCAGCUCACCUCAUUCGCUCCUCAAUCCAAAAAGUGUCAUUGAAUGGCUGGAUUUCUCAGAAAAGGACCCUGUUGAGGUUUUGCUUGCUCUGGGAUUUGGUGUUGAGGAACCUAAUAUCUGCACUAAGAUUCCUUCCCGCUUCAUCAGUUGUCCAUCCAUUGCUGAAGGAAUCAAUAUUAAAGUAUUCAUAGAAGCUCAACGACAACGCAUGAAAGUUGAAGCUCCCAGUUUACAUGGGCGCUUUCGACAACUGGAAAUAUUGGAUCACGUGGCUAGUGCUUUUUCCUCUCUGCUGAGUCACAUGAGUACCAGGCAGUAGAAAAUAGAAGAAGGAAAAAGAGAAGAGAAGGCCAGAAUUAAUAUUCCAAAAGGCAAGCCACAGGCCAAGAAGAGAAGAAUAGGUCAGGUCUUAAGAAAAAUAUCAAGGCAAACACAUGAAUCUCAAGCCUAUCAAAAUGCUGGUAUAUGUAAAACCCAAGAAGACCACUUUGCUGAUGAUGAUCUACAUUUGGUGACUAGGACAGGAUUAUCUGACAGUGCUGCCUUAAUCUCUCUAAAAGAACUGUUGCCAAGUGAGGAAGAGGGUAUGAUUAUACCCCAAUCUGCACAAUUCAUAGCCACUAAAACUUGGGGAUUGCCUCAGCUAUUGUUAAAAGACCCCCAAUUUCCUUCCAAGUCUGACAUUCUCAGUAAAGAAAGUAAAGAAAGAUCGCGCAAGGAGCACAAUUUGCUUUUAACUCAUACUCUCAGGAGAUUAUCUGGCAUCAGCUGCAAGCCUUCAGAUUCCUUUGAAAUGGAAGAGAUCCAGAGCUUUGAAGAUGAAACUUUCUGGGGAAAUCCCCUUGAAAACACUUCAGAUGCAAUAACAACGAGAACAAGCAGCUGUCAAUCAGACAGCAGUGGAUUUCUGGAAGAUUCUUUGGAGCCCUUACCUCUGUUUUACCUUUGCCUAUAACCAAUGAGGGUUAGUUGCAAUUCCCAUGAUUAUCAAGAAUUUUCACAACAUAAGCAAGAAUAUCUACUUAUGACUCAAGAUUAUCAACCCCAAAUAGACAGGGCUGUCCCUAACAUAUCAAUUGUAGAGAACACCGUUUCAUUACUGCCCAGCCUGAGCGAAGAAAAUACUUUACAGGGAGAGGAAAUCUUUUAUUCCAUAAAUGAAGAUGAUAUUUCAUGUGAGACUUACAGUGGACAGUCAGAAAAUGUUGUCAGAAAAUCAGCAUAUGUGCUGGAUAAGAAUGAAAUGCAAAGUAGAAGAGGACAACGAGAGAAAGAAGAUGAUUGUUUGGUGCAAGACAGUACUUCAGCUCCAGAAAGGAAUAACAGAGGUUCUUUUUCUACAGAGGAAAAUUCCAUUUCACCUCUAAUUAGACUUAGUGGCGGCCAAAGUUGUCAGGUUUCAAAAAUUAAAAGUGGAUGUCAAGAUGCUACUUUCAAGGAUGCAUUAAAGCAUGUGGAUACAAUAGCCUCUAAAGAUGAGUGUAUCUGGAUGACUGCAUCUCCACAAAUUGAUGCUAUUUCAAAUAAUUGCAGUCUUCAAGGCUCCAACCUUUCCUUUUCCUGUGUUAAAAACAGACAAUCUGAUUCUUUGAAUCUAUUACAAUCAAGUUCAGAAUUGGACAAAGAUGGGCAUGUUCCUGACUCUGAAAUAAAUGCAAACUCCUUUAAAUCUGUUACAAUCCAGAUGCCUUCAAAACUAACAUCAAAUAAACAAAGCAUAUCACUGAAUGAAACUGCCAUCAAAAACCCGUCUAUGGAUUUGUCAUCCAAGAUGUCCCAAUGCCCUAGGAAUGAGUCCUUGGUUUUAUCAGAGGGAAAAUACAAGCAAACAAGAGAAGCUUCUGCUCAAACCCAUAAGAUGCAAGCGAAGGAGGGACCAAUGCCCCCAUUUCACUGCUUCCCUUCUUUUAACGGGCAUGGCCACUUAGUGAAAUCUGCUUCUGUAGAUGCAGGACUUCAUGGAGAGUACAGCGCAAGCGCCCAUGAACCUUUGAAUACUUGGUGUACCCAUCCAAUGGCUCACUGUUGCUCUUCAAACUCCCACCACUGUUGCUUUAUGAGAUCUUUCCCUUUAGCUGUAACUUGCAAAUUCCCCACAGUGUGUUGGUCUUCUCGCAGCCCUAUAGAGCUGCAGCUUUGGAAAACUCUCAGAUUGUUGCAAGGCUCAGCAGUGAGAAACAUCUCUUCUUGUACAGUCCAUGAAAUUGAAGUUAUGAAAAACUCAUGCCGGAAGUUUCAAGAAAAGCUGGAUGAAAUUGAGCAGCACCUAGCAGAACAAGAAGCUUUAUUUCCCAAUAUUCUGUUGAAAGAGGGACUGACAACAUUGAAAAUGGAAAAAUUUAAGUUAGAACAAUUGGAUCAACUAUUAAGUACACAGUCUCCUUUAUGCUCAGAAUUUGGAAUUUCUGAUUCAUGGGAAGAAAAUGAAGAUAAGACUGUUUUCUGUGCCAGAGCUGGAUGUGUUAAGGGGAUACAACACAGGCCUCCAGCCAGGAGUGCAACAAUCCCAUCAAGCCCUUCAGCUACUUUCACCAGGCAAAAUAAGCUGCAUGCCUCAGCUUUAGCAACUGAGACCAGUUUGGUGUUAGUUCCCAAGGAGCUUCACAAGAAUAAAAAAGAAAGUAAAGGUCCCCCUCAGCCUAAAAUAAACUUCAGGGGCAUUAUACAGAAUUUUAUAGCAAAGGGUUCCAAGGACAUCAUAGUGGAACCAUGUGAAACAAUUCAUUAUUUUUUGGAAAAAGCUCUUAAGAAUACCCUCUUAAGGACUGAAUUAUCCUUUAAUACCCACCACGUAUUGAAUGACUGUAUUCAAGUGGUGAAAAAUAUAAACAACAACAAAAUCUCUGAACAACUUGCUACCAUCUACAGGUAUGAUGAAGCCACUACUACUUAG